AUGGAUCCACCACCAACGCCGCCGCAGCCCCAACGGAGCGAAACCGACAUCGCGGAGGCGCGUGUGGCGGGGCUGGAGGGGCUGGUUGGCUCCCUGGCCCGACUGCUGGGCGAUGCACGACAGGAGCUGGCGCUUGCCGGACUCACGCCCGCCUCCCGUGCUGGACAACGGAAGGGCCUGCGCAACAAAUCAAGUCCUCGCUCCUCAUCUCCAUCCCCAUCUUCGUCAUCUACACCUUCGUGUUCCUCAUCAUCUUCGAGUAAACCUGUCGACAUAGAUGAAGACAACAAUAAUGAGGAACACAAACAAGCGGGCGAAAAGAUGAGAGAAAAAGCCAAAGAAAAAACUUCAUCAUCUUCGUCUUCGUCGUCGUCGGCCCCCCACCGGGCCAACAACAAGCGCGAGCCGGCCAGGCGCAAGGAGGAGGAGAUCGAGAGCGCCGUCCGGGCGUGGGCCGACUCAGCGGCCGCGCCGUCAGCGUCGAUGAUGCCCACCGCCGGCGGAUCGCCGGUGCUGUCGCCCCGAGGCGGGCGGCGGCGGAAGGAGCAGCAGGCGGCGGCGCAGCAGCUUUCGUCGAAGGCCGAGGCGGUUGCGACGUCGUCGCCGCAGGACCACAAGCGGCUCGCCGACCUCGGCCGAAUCCGCAAUCGCGCCAACGCCGUCGCCGUGCCCGAGGGCACCACCAUGCCGCCGCUCCCGCCGCACAGCUCUCAUCAUCACCAUCACCAGGAAUUGAAAGAAUCCGACCGCGCGAUCACCGCGCCUGCCUCGCAUUCCACCUCUGGCAAGGCAACGAUUGUCGAAGCGCUGCGGCGUCACGAAGAAGAGAGGGCGCGCCAGAUGGAGGCCUUCGUUGCGGCCAUGGAGCGGACCUACAUCGACGAGCGGGAGCGACGCGAGCGCGACCUGGAGGAGCUGAAGCUGGCCGACCUCGAGCGCGAGUUCGCUGACAUGCGCGCGCGGCUGCGCGAGGCGAUCGGCUGCAAUGCGCGGCACGCCGGCGAGCUGGCCGAGCGCGAGCGGCGGAUCGGGAAGCUGCAGGCCCAGAUCCGACUCGCCAAGCGACGCGUGGCCGCGCUCGAGCGCGACGCACGUGACACCGUCGCCCGCCAGCAGCGCAGCGGCAGCGCGGCCUCGAGCGACACCAGCUCCGGAGCAGCCCAACAGCAAUGGCACGCGUCGAUCGGGCGAGCGCGACAGCGCCGGACGCGGAGCAUCGACGCCACCGGGACAUGGCGGCCGCCGGUAUGGAAGUUCGGCAGCGGCGGCGUCGCGCCCGGGCGCAACAAGACCGGUUCGCUCGACGACGUCACUGACGAUGGCGACGAUGAUGAUGACGAUGAUGAUUAUGACGACGACGAUGACGAAAGCGAUGACGUGGUCUUGUCGAUGAACCGCAGCGACCUCCACACAUCUUCAUCGAGCUCCACCGCCCCCACCUACACGGGCGUGUUCUUCCCGUCACGACGGGAGCGCACCGAUAGUACGGUGCUCUCGUCGCAGGUGAGCGGCGACCGCUUCAUGGCGUCGGCCGCGCGGCAGACGUCGCUCGUCAUGCCCUUCACGGCCCCGGGCGCCGCUCGGCUCGCUCUCUCGCGUGAGACCUCGCCCCGGCCCUCUGUCGACUCGGACCUGAGCGAUCUGGAACGAAGAAGGAGUCAUAGCUUCGGCCAUGGCACGGAUGGAGGGCAGCACUCGGCGCCCGUCACGCCGUCGUCGCCUUUCCCCCCGGAGCUACCCAGGUCGCGGCCCCAGGUUCGAAUCAAGGAGAAGAACAGCAAGGCCUUCGCCGUGCUGGGCGUCGACCCCACGCAGGCCAAGCUCAUGUCUGUCCUGGGCAUCGACAUGCCCAUGAUGGAGAUCAACAAAACAAACGAACCGAACGACGUGCAGGACGCGAAGAAGGCGAAGAAGAUCAAGGACGACGACGCGUACAUUGCGCCAUCGUGGGACCUGCGCGGGUCCGUGUCGGCCCAGCAGAAGAAGAAUCGUCUCAUCUCCCGCGUGUCCCACAAGGUGCGCGGCGUGCGGGACUGA